UUGAGUUGUUGUUGGUUGAGUUGUUGUAGGUUGAGUUGUUGUUGUUUGAGUUGUUUUGUUUGUAGGUUGAGUUGUUGUAGGUUGAGUUGUUGUAGGUUGAGUUGUUGUUGGUUGAGUUGUUGUUGGUUG